GAUUGUUUUAAACCAGCUCUGGAUUACAAAUCGGACGUUGAAUAGGAUAGGAAGUUAUAUGUAAUCUUAUAAUUAUGUGAGGAAAGAUUUACUGCUCAAAGGAAAUUCACACAGGAAUCUGUUUUGAACAUGGGUGGUACGCAGUCUACACAGGAGACGACCAUAGAAGAUAUCGUGAACGUUUUUAGAGGAAGAAGUGAAAACAUGGGAGGCUAAUAUCAAAAACCUCAAGGAAGCUUUGAAGAAACAAAGGAGCAGUUGGGUACCUGGUUAUCUGAGACAUGAGAUGGAAGAAACAGAGACGCGAUUGGCGAAUGUUAAGUCUAUGAUAUCGUUACUGGAAGUACCCAGAGGUCAGUUUGCAACGAAUAGAGAUACUACACAAUUAGAACGUUGUUGCCGAGAAGUACAUCGGAGAGCAGAAACUGAAAUAAAUCGGUUGAAGAAAGACAAUCAAACUUUAAUUACGGACAUGCAAAAGACCCAAAUGGAACUGGCUGAAAUAAAGAAAACCACAGAAAGAUUGCAAGAAAAGCAAAAGGAAUAUUCACGACUCGGUACAGUUGCUGGAAACUGGCAUGUUGGCAGCAACUCCGUCACGGCUUAUCUUGCUGACCCAAAUCGACCUAUGAAGAUUGGAGAAAUUUACGGCGAAACUUUUGACGAUGAAUGGACCGAUGCAUUUGAAGCGUUAAUAAAGGAUGGGCAUAAAGAUAAAGCAGCAGUUGAAAUUUUACGAUUUAUGUUUGAGGACGUAGUUAAGUUCUGUGAGUAUGAAGUUAGACCAUUUUUAGGGACAACAAUGGACGAAUUACAAAGAAUAUUGGGACAAUACAGGACAUCAGAAAGGUUAGUGCAGAUAUUAGAAGCAAAGACAGGACUGAAGGAGGAAGAGAGAAUAGAAACAUGUGAUAUGGUACCAGGAAAAAAGAAACCAGACCAUGAAACAAACAGAACAUUAGAGGCCAUAAAGAAGAAACUUUGGGCAAAUUUAGCUUCUUUUGCAGAGAAGGAAUUUCGUGAAGCAACGCUGGGAAUUGAAUACAUAAGUAAUCUGAAGCCAUUCGUCUUGAAGUGUUUGCGUGUUGGCUGGAUGAUGGUUAUUCAGGCGCCUCCUAUGGCUCUGCAUAAAUGUCCGACUGAUGAUGAUUCCAAGUUUGAUAAGAAUUUAUAUACGAAGUAUAGAAGAUCAGGUCCCUUGGUCGAUUAUUUAGUUUGGCCAGUUUUAUGACUUCACGAGAAUGGCCCUGUCAUAGCGAAAGGUGUUGCCGAAGGGAAGAAAAAUCGUGACAAAGAUUGGCAUAAAAAUCUUUAUCUUCAAAGAUGACUUUCACAAUCAUUUGAUUAUAACAUUAAGUAUGAUUCACAGCUAGUCUAAUGCCCAGGGUAAAUCAUAAAUCCAACAUUUAGCAGUUAAGUUUCUCAGGUCUUGGGAAUACUGUCUUCCAAGUCACUCUGUUCCUUUCUUAUUAUUACUAUUUCUUUUCCUAAGGCAGACGCGUCCGGUUUUCCCCUUGCUGCUUCAAAGUCUUUCUUCGUUUCUCGAGUUUUUGUCCGCGAAUACAAAAUGUUUCGACAUAUUGAUAAAGACUGGCGAAAUAAAUCAUUUACAAAUUUAAAGCAAAACGUAAUAAACUAUAAAACAUUCUUUUAAAAUGUACACAACAUGUCGAUCAAUUUAAUCGCAAUGUUUGAUGUGUACGUGCCUAAAUGCGUAAGUUAACAAUUUCCAUUAUUAUUUGAUACUAUAUCUUGAGGACAGCAAUUCUCACUGGUGACAAUCAAUAAACUGGUAAUUUGAUUUUAUUGCAAAAAGUAUUCUGUUUAUAUGUACGAACAUUUUAUAAGGAAAGAAGUCCAUUUCGUAAAAGGUAUAGAAUUGUUCAUUGUGUGUUUUAAUAGUUAUUAGUUGUUAUUCGUUCUUUAGAAAAUCCUUUGUGUUAUAUGUAAUAAAGGUAUUUAGAUAA